AUGGCGGCUUCACCACCACGGCGGCGGCUCAUCGGCCUGUCGACCAAGAUGUACUUUUCCUUGUCGCGGACGCGGGACUUUGUCAGUCAGUUCCUGCAGCAUCUGUCCGCCAUCCCGCCGGACCAACUGUCCCAGGUCGACGUCUUCGUCAUUCCCGACUUUGUCUCUCUUGCAGCCACCGUCGACCAGCUCAAGGCCUGCCCGGCCGCCGUCUGGCCCGGCGCCCAGGAUUGCCACUGGGAGGACCAGGGCGCCUUCACAGGCGAAGUCAGCCCGGCCGUGCUUGGCGAGGCGGGCGUGCGCAUCGUCGAAGUUGGCCACGCAGAGCGGCGGCGCAUGUUCGGCGAAGACGACGCCACCGUCGCGCUCAAGGCGGCGGCCGUGAGCCGCAACGCCAUGGUGCCCCUCGUCUGCAUCGGGGAGCAGACGCGCGGAGAUGUUUCCGUCGCCGUCGACGAGUGCCGCCGUCAGGUCGAGGCCGUCGUCGCCGCUCUGGGCGAAACAGCCGACAUGGUCCUGGCCUACGAGCCCGUCUGGGCCAUUGGCGCCAGCCAGCCGGCGGGCGAGGAACAUGUGCUGAGCGUCGUCGACGGCAUCCGCGCGCUCGACUGCGUAAGAGACAGGAAGGGGUCCACGAGGGUCGUGUACGGGGGCAGCGCAGGGCCGGGUCUGUACCAGCGCUUGAGCAAGGGGUUGGACGGCUUGUUUCUCGGCAGGUUUGGGCACGAUCCGGAGCGGUUUGUGCAGACGAUUCGCGAAGUAAUCGAGGCUUGA